AUGUGGGUUUACAACUUUGUGCCACAAGAAAUUACAAAUGUAUUAUGCAUCUUAUGGUUGUACUCAAUGUGGGUUUACAACUUUGAGCCACAAGAAAUUACAAGUGAUUAUCGCGUAGGGACGGAUGGAUACUCCAAAAAAUGGGUCGGAUCACUAUUUUCUGACGCUGUUGCUUCUUCCACCAAGGCGUUGAUGCAUCUUCUCUAUAACUUAAAGGUGGCAGUUGGAAAUUAUAAGAAGCAGCAUUCUAUGAUGCUGAGCUUCUGUUAUCUGUUUCUUCUACUAAAUCUCAUCAUGUAUCAGGUGGCAGUUGGAGAUCAUAAGAAGCAGCAUUCUAUGAUGCUGAGCUUCUGUUAUCUGUUUCUUCUACUAAAUCUCAUCAUGUAUCAGGUAUGUAUGUCUGCAAAGCACGAUCAAAAUGCAAGCAAAAGGAAGAGAUCCGAUACUGUUAAAGAAGAUGAUGAUUCACCAUCCUGGUUGAUCCCAGAUAUUCUUUUAUUAAUCAUGAUGCGGCUGGGAAUUGUCGACUUUCUUGCAUUCAGCGGUGUGUGCAAGUUGUGGCGGACAAUCGCACUCACAAACAGGAAAGAGUUCCUGUUGUCUAGACAACGGAUGGCCAUACGCAUCUCCACUCGAGUGGCUAAUAGAAAAGAGUGCUGGUUAGAGGACUGUGACGGAAGAGUGUUCCGGACCAUCCUUCCUCGUUCUAGCGGCAGGACCUGUGUCGGGUUAGUUUCUGGUUACGUGAUCUUGUUCGGGAGGAAAACCCGUGAUUUCCGGCUUGUAAAUCCUAUCACAAGGCAUGAAGUUAAUUUCCCUCGUUUCCCCUUUCACGUGGUUGUUGGUCCAAACGCCUUUCAGGGUACCCUCGUCUUUUCACGAACAGCGGAUAGAUGGGUGUUUGUGAUCUCAUCCCGACACUCGAGGACAGUAUCGUUCUCGUUUAAUGGUAAACGAGGCAGCUGGACUCAUCUGUCAUCCGAUGUCCCAAUCAGUGAUUUAGCAUUUUUUAAAGGAAAGAUAUAUACCUUGAACGAAGACAUUGGUUUAUGUGAAGUGAGACUCGGUCCUAACCCCACCUUGACACCGCUAAAAAUGAAGAAUUCGUUGAGGUCACGUGUCUUUCUUCCAGAGUUUGGAAUUUUGGGUGAAAAGCUGUUCGUGACAGGUUACCAGCCAUACAAUCCAUUCCCUGUUGAAGUCGACGUUGACAAAGUGAGAUGGGUGAUUAAAAAACCAGAAUUCUGCGAGGAUCCUGACAUGCUAUGCCGGUGGUUUAGUUAUGUUAAUCGCAGUGGUGAAGGUAGAAAAACGCGUGUGAUAAACAUGCCAUACUUCCCUCAUGAAUGUUGGGAUGCUAAUAUCCUACAUGAGUGAUUGUUUUUCUUUGUUUUUAGUCAGAAUUUGAAUGUCUUCAACAUUUUGUUAAAUACCUUUUUUAAGAUCUUUGAGAACCACCAUAGAUGUAUUCGUAUCUUUGUA